AUGGUCCGGCGGGCGUGUGACAAUGGGAACAGCAGUCCUGGUCAAAAAGCGAUUCUGACCAGCACUCCAGUCGAGCUCACAGAGAUCGGUUUGGAGACAGGAAUUCUUACAAAUGAAAGACAAGAGACAGUUUGCUCUUGUGGAAAACAGAAGUGGAAGAUCGAGGCCAGGAACAACCAUUGCCAGUAUCGUUGCAGCUGUCGCAAGACAGAAAGUGUGGUGGCGCGUGAUCGUGAUAUCUUCUCCCAGAAGCGCUCCCUUUUUGGUGCUUUGUGGCUUUGGUGUUCCCCACUGAAUGUUUCGCCAGAUAAGGGAGGCUUGGUUCUUGGAGUGGACAACCGAGUCAUGCGGGACUUGUUUGACCAAUUCCGAUCAUGGCUUUCACCAUUGGUGGACCAGCUCAACGACGAGUUGCUGAUCGGAGGGCAAGGCCAGGAUGUGGAAAUGGAUGAGAUCUGUUUCCGAUCCAAAACGUUGGACAACUGUGUGCUCUGGGUGCGCUACUUCGCCAUGGUACGCAGAGGAAGUUCCAAAGUUUUCCUUGCACAACUCCCGUAUCGCGUUAGCAAGGAUUUUUCUUUUGGGAGCAUUCAAUGUGAGGUACACAUCAAACCUACUUUAUCCUAUGCCCUGCAGGAGCUGGCAUCGGUCUUGCGUCGUGAUGAUGGUUCUUUUCGACUUGGCGCUGGUAGUGUUUGCCACACGGAUUCGGCCCGUGCGUACAAGCAGCUGGGCGUCGAGGAUGGCCCCCUUUUCGAUGGCUCCUUCUGCAACGCGAAGGAGCUCAAGGGUCUGAAGCUUGCCCACACCAAUGUCAAGCACAAACCUCCAAAACCGGAGUUUACCAAGCCGUUUGACGUGCCUGUGUGGCAGGGUAUUGAUGACGAUUGGGAGGUUGAGACGCGCAUCGGCGGCACGCAGAAGCUGGAUGGCUUUUUUGCCAGCUUCCGCCGAGACGUGGGGCGGCAGCCCUUCAACACUACUGGACCCACUCCAAAGCAAGCUGAUGCUUUGGAGCAGGGCCUCCAUCAUCGCGUUCGUGCCUUUCAGUGUAAGUUUUGGAUGUCCGGCAGCGACAUGUUUCGAGUCGUCGGCUCACUUCGAAAGAAGGAGCGUGACGACCCUGGGCGUGCUUCUUGGUCAACGCUAGCCGAAUAUUUGAAAGUCGCAGAGCAGUGCGAGCAGCCCAAAAAGCGGCUUGCUCCUGAUGCUGGGGUGGGAUUGUUGGCGGACAGUGAUAGGGAACUGGAUGCCGGCGAAUCCCAGUGCAGUUUGUUGUUCGACGAUGACGAGUGA